AAAAAAUGGACACAGAAAUUGGGAGCAGAACAGAUCUUGCUCUCCCAAACCCACAAGAGCCCACCAGUGCGCCUGAAAUUGAACUUUCAGUAGUACCUCUCCAUGAUACCAACUUACUGGAGAAAGCUGCCCCAUCCCCACCACGCCAAACGUGGCUGACUCUUUUGAAGAAGGAGCUGGAAUUCCUGGGGGUAACACAAAUUCUGAUUAGUUCGAUAUGCCUUUAUUUUGGAAUAAUCGUCUGCUCCGUGUUCAAUAAUUCAGAAUUUAACGAAGACUUUAUUUCAUCAUUUAAAGCAGGCUACCCAUUCUGGGGAACAGUAUUUUUUGCUAUUUCUGGAUUUUUGUCAGUUAUGUCUGAAAAGAAACAUGCAACGUAUCUGAUACGAGGAAGUCUGGGAGCAAACGCUGUCAGCAGCGUAGCUGGAGGCAUAGGAAUCAUCAUCCUGAUCAUUCACCUAAAGAAGAGCUCAGCUUAUAUCUACCGUUGCCGGGAUGUUUAUGACAACGACUCCUGCUUUCUGGCUUCUAUUUCCACUGAAAUUGUGGCAAUGAUCCUGUUUCUCACCAUUCUGGGGUUUUGCAGUGCUGUGUCACUCACAGUCUAUGGGAUUGGAGAAGUAAUUGAAAGAAAUAAGAUUCCAGAAGAUCGUCUUUAUGAAGAGGUAAACAUCUAUGCACCAAUCUACAGUGAGUUGGAAGAUGGAGGGGAGGCAACUUCUCCCACUGAUUCAUAAGAAUCAUGAGUCCGGAACAUUCU